GGUACUUAAAAGGAAGAAAGCUUGAUCAGAGUUACCUUUCAACCAUACUAUGGGGUCACAGUCCUUCGCAUCAGCUAUGGCACCCUGGCACAUGAGCGUGGGGGUCAAGGUCUCCACAUUGCAGAUUUUUACUGUUCAACCCAUUUUAAUCAAAAGAAGAAGAAAUGGGUAGCUCCAAUAUGUGAGCAACUACAUCUACUACUUGAGGCACGCCGCAAAGAGGAUGCGGCACGUCGCUAAGAGGCUGACGCGCUUGGGUUACCAAUCACCAUGCCACAAGAGGAGAUGCCAAUGGAAGUUCUUGGUAAGAAGUUUUAUGUGAGGGAAUAUGGUGUUAGUUUGAAGUCAUCAUCAUCGAAGCGGUCUAGUGGUCAAUCACAUGAAGAGUUGCGAGUUUUGAAGAAUGAAAUUGAGACACUCAAGGAUGUGUGCAAACAACAAAACAAUCAGGUUGAGACCUUGAAGGACUUGUGCCAAACGCAAAAGGAGACAAUCCAAAUGCAACAGGAGAAAAUGAAUGCAUAUGAUGAAAAGUUUGCACGCUUCGAGGCUGUUAUGUCCGCUUAUAUGCAUGGAGGUCCUAUUGGGGCAGGCUCUAAUACUCAGUAAGUAAGGAGAUGGAGUUGCUUUUUGGCAAUUAACCAAGAUGGAGUUGAAAACUUUUUGAUAGCUAAAUGAAACACUUGUUUUGAGUUCUUUUUGUCAUUGGACACACCAUGGAUAUGGAUGUUUUGUAGUUUCAGUAAUGUUGUUAAGUUUGAAGUGGUUAUUGUUGGAGGAUGAAUGUUUUGAAAGGCUUUAAAGUUGGAUGAUGAAUGUUGACUUAUUGGAUAUUUGAUUUGAAUGAU